ACUAAUCACAACGCAGAAAAUAUAUCAAUGUCUAUGCGCGCCGUGUUAGAAGAGUGGAGUCUAAUGGAGAAAGUGGUGGCAGUUGUCAGCGAUAAUGCUAGCAGUAUGUUGAAAGCGUGCGAAUUGCUUCAAAAACGAAAUCUGCCAUGCUUUGCACACACUAUUAACUUUGUGGUGCAAGAUUGUUUAGCGCAAGAUUAUGUUAAAACUACUUUAGGGAAAUGUAAGAAAAUUGUGAGCUAUUUUAAGAGCAGCACAAUUUCCUACGAAAAGUUUAAAGCGGACCAAGGAAGAGAUAUGCCCCACAGCCUAAAACAGGAGGUACCGACCCGCUGGAACAGUGCUCUCAGAAUGGUGGAGAGCAUUCUCUUAACAAAUAAUUCUAUUUCAAAUGUACUGCUAAUGACACCAAAGGCACCGCUACCUUUAACGGCAGACGAUAUAGAAUUUUUGCAGGACCUUAAACAAUUGCUUAUACCAUUUGAUGCCGCUACAGUCCAAACAUCGUCAAGUGCAGCUGUUACUAUUUCCCUAGUAGUUCCUCUAACAUGUGGUCUUUUUAAAUCUCUUGAUGAGUUAAAAAGUACUAUGAAGACUUCAGAAGGCCAUCAAGCUUGUAUAUUUCUGCUUGAAAGAAUAAAGAAAAGACUAUUUCCUUACGAGGAGCGUACAGUUACAAGACUCGGAACAUUAUUAGACCCUCGGUUCAAGAAGGAAGGUUUUCUUUUCCCAAGCAAUGCAGAUGGAGGAACACAAUUUUUACAAAACGAGUUGAGUGGUAUGAACAAAAACAACACCAUGGAACAAGAUAAUUUAGAACCAUCAUGUUCUAAAAAUAUUCAUCAAAGUUCGCAGCCACCGCUUUUAAAAUUCGUAGGAAAUAAAAUUGCCUCUAAAGUAAGAUCACAUCAAGUAAACGCCAUCAUUUCUCUUAGGCAAUAUUUUGAAAAUGAAAAUGCAGCAUUAGAAAUAGAUCCAUUACAAUACUGGAAGAAUUGUUCUGGCCAAAUGUCACUCACAAAGUCAUGUGCCUUACGCUAUUUAUGCGUACCAGCAACUUCGACAGAGGCUGAGCGAAUGUUUAGCAAAACCGGAGCCAUAAUUUCGGAAAGAAGAUCGAGCUUAAAGCCAAAAAAUGUUGAUAUGCUGCUCUUUGUUAACAAAAAUUGUUGGGUCAGUAAAGAAUUAUAAGAAGUAAGGUUUUUAAACAAAUAAUACCUUUUUCAAGGUAAUUUUCAUAAUAAUUUUAAAUUUAAAUUAAUUUGAUUAAAUAUUUUUAUAAAAUAAGAUCUGAAUGUAUCUGUAAUAAUGAAUUUCAAAUAUUUUUUGUUUUUAUGUUUAGUUGUUUUAUU